ACGCGUGAGGCAUGGUAGUUGAAUUGAAUUGAAACUAGCAUAUCACUAAAGAUUCCAUUCCCCUUUCUAAAUCCCCUCUCAUUUCCCAUUUUCUUACAAUAUUAAUAAUUUUUUAGUUAAAAAAAAAAAGAAAAGAAAUUGAAAAGAGCGCGCGUAAAAAGUCAAAGGAGCCCAAGCAGUCAUCUUUCACACCUUCCUGGCCAAGUUCUUCCAGACUUUUCAAUGGUUUUUUAAGUACCCUUUUCGUCUCUGAUUCCCAAAUUUCCAUUAUUUCUUUUCUUUUCUGUUUUUUUUUUUUUGCGAUUUUUUUUCGAUUCUAUAGCUGAAAUGGCUGAUCAGAAAAUGAAAGAGAGAAGAAAAGUAUCAUUGAUGAUCAUGGUGUUGAUCUUUCAGGUUCUUUCUGCAUCUCUUCACGGCUGUCUUGCAGCAACCGGUCAAGGUCAACCUCCUAGGAAGCCUACCUCAAUCCAUCCUAGGGCCGGUGUUCGCUCCUCUGUUUUUCUUCCUGUUUCUGGCAAUGUCUAUCCUCUUGGGUAUUAUUCUGUGACAAUUGGUAUAGGCAACCCACCUAAGCCAUUUCAACUUGAUAUUGAUACUGGCAGUGACCUCACUUGGGUCCAAUGUGAUGCUCCUUGUACUGGUUGCACCUUGCGUCGUGAUCAACUUUACAAUCCGUCUAAGAACAACUUUGUGGACUGCAAGGACCCCAUAUGUCUUGCAGUUAACUCUCCCAAUCCACCUCAAUGCAAGAACCCUAAUGAAAAAUGUUGCUUUCAAGUUCAGUAUGCUGAUCAUGGUUCAGUUCUUGGUUUCAUUGUCUUAGACACCUUUCCCCUACGACUUGUCAAUGGCACCCUUUCUAAACCUAAUUUGGCCUUCGGGUGUGGACAUCGUCUUCAAAACCGCGGUCUUCACCCUCCAACUCCUACUGCCGGAGUCCUCGGGCUUGGCAAAAGUAAAGCAAGCAUCUCAUCACAAUUGAGUAGCAUGGGUGUAACCAAAAAUGUGUUUGGCCAUUGCCUCGGUGAUAAUAGAGGGUUUUUGUUCUUUGGGGCUGAUUUCGUCCCAAAAUCGGGAAUGACUUGGACACGGAUGUUACAAAGUUCCUCUUAUAAACAUUAUUCAUCCGGUCCAGCAGAACUUCUUUUCAGUGGGAAGCCUACUGGUAUUAAAGGCGUUAACGUUAUCUUCGAUACUGGUUCCACUUACACUUACUUGAAUUUAAAAGUUUAUGAAACCGUACUUAAUCUGAUAAGGAAAAAUCUCAGUGGAAAGCAACUACAUGAUGUGAAAGAUAAAGCUCUACCGAUCUGCUGGAAAGGCACUAAGCCUUUCAAAUCCGUGCGAGAUGCUCGGAACUAUUUCAGCACCUUUGCAUUGAGUUUUACAGGCUCAAGUAAUGUUCAGCUACAGCUACCACCUGAAAAUUAUCUCAUUGUCACUGAACAAGGAAAUGUUUGCCUUGGAAUUCUGAAUGGCGCGGAAGCCGGACUAGGAACUACCAAUGUGAUUGGAGAUAUUUCAUUGCAAGGCAAACUGGUGAUAUACGACAACGAGAAUCAGAUGAUAGGAUGGGCUAAUGCUGAUUGUAAUCGCAAGUUUGGCUGAUUUUGAAUCUUUUUUUCUUGUAAUAUGCUAUAGGAACUUGUUUGGAAAAAAAAAACUAAAUAAAAUGCAGAAAAAAAAAUACAUAGCUUCUUCAUUUAGCAGAGGCCGGAGGGUACAUAGUGUUUGUUUAGUAAUAGAAGCCUCUCUUAUUUCCAUGAUUUCUUUACAGUUGGGUCAUUUACAAGAAAUUGAGUAAUUAUGAUGUCAUGAAUUAAAUUACUAAAA